AUGAACAACUUACUUUUAACAUUAAUAACAACUUUCUUAUUUACAAUCGUUCGAUCCCAGGAAAACACUUAUCCAAAAUGUUCCGUACCUCAAUUCGAGUAUGAUGAGGAUUAUUUAGGAUUGGGAUCUACAGGAAUGUCUAUGAUAACUUUUGCUAACUGUGAUUUGGAUAACAAAGCUCCUGGGAAAGAUCAGACAAAAUGGGAAUAUUUAACUGGUUUUACUCUAUAUGGUGGUGUGAAUAAAUAUACCUCCACAAUAAACUUUGAAGCAACCACAGGAGGUGACCCCAAUACCGUAGUUUACGGAGACGUAUACGGACGAAACACGACAAUUUCGAAUUUUACCUUUGGUGUUUCCUCCACUUUAGUAGUACCCAAAACUGGAUACUAUACUUUUAACAUAGCUGCAUCCGAAGGUGCAUUGAUGGCUCUAGAGGUCUCAAUGGAUACAUACUGUUGUGAAAACUAUCCACCUCCUAAACGAAAUCUAUCUUUUUAUGUUGCAGAUCUUCAAUCGGAACCGGAAAAUAACAAACUAGAAGACUCCGUCUUACUCGAUGCUGGCUUCCGUUAUACUCUGGCCGUAUUGUAUUUAAAUACCAAUGGUGCCGAUGCUUCAUUGCAAAUAACUAUGACAGAUCCAGACGGAGUUAAAUACAAUGAUAUUGACCAGUUUUUACAUAUGGUUACAGGGGCAAAACAAGAUUAUUGUUCGUACAUUAAUGUCACCACCACUACGAUAGUCGAAUGGGAGGGUUCUACUACGCAAACGUCUCUUCAAUAUGCAACUUCUACAAAUGCUGAUGGUGAAAGAGUUAUCGAAUCUUUGUAUAUUGUGCAAACUCCAGCAUAUGCGUCAAGCAGUGUUUCUUCUUCCGCAAUGGAAAUUUCAUCAACUGUCGCAACUUCUAGUAUUACUUCUUCAGAACCAGAGUCUUCUACUGUUGUUUCCUCAGAAACCGAAUCACAAGCCGAAUCAUCGACAAAUAUAAGCUCCGAACCUUCGUUUUCAAGUGCUACUACCUCCGAAGUUGAAUCCUCAAGUGUCGCUACCUCCGAAGUUGAAUCCUCAAGUGUCGCUACCUCCGAAGUUGAAUCUUCAACCGUAAUAACUUCCGUUGCAUCUUCUUCUAUGGAAUUAUCAUCAAGUGCAACUUUGACCUCUGAUUUUGUCUCCGAAUCAUCUGUUGCCACGUCAGAUUUACCUUCAUCUAGUAGUAAUGAACCACUAUCUUCUUUUUCUUCAACUCUCGACUCUCUGUCUGAAAUGUCCACAUCCUUUGAACCAGAUACAUCUAGUGACAUUUCAACCUCUGUUUCAGACAAUGGGGCAUCAACCCAUAUCUCUUUGUCAUCUGACCAAAUUUCAACAUCUGAUUCCGAGUCUCACCAUCUUUCAUCUUCAUCUACAAGUAGUCCAAUAAUGUUUUCUUCGGAAACAGGCAUUUCCUCGAACAGCUUCCCUAGUGGUGGCUCCACAGAUUAUGCUUCUACAAAAGGUGAUGAUAUUAUUCAAUCCACCGAAUAUAUUACAAAAACUUCUGUUAUCGCAACAACAGUAACAACUUUAUGUUCAACACCUACUUUGGUGCCUGGCCAAUCAACUUCGUCUUUGGAAUACUUUACAUCUACUUAUACAACUGAGAUAACCACUUCAGUUAUCAUUACAAGUUGUCCAAAUAAUGUUUGCCACACAACUAAUAACCCUUCAGUGGAGAAAUCGACUCAAGUAAUUGAUGACUGUAGUGAAAGUUGUUCAACUACUUCUUUGAACACCAGAGAAUCGUUGGCUACUAAUGAAAUCACAACUGUAAAGGUUAUAUCCUCAGCCUACAAUGCUGAGGAUAGUAUUGUAACAAAACCUACAGUUACACUUGUGUCAAGCCAAUCAACAUCAGGCACUGCCACAAGCCAUAUUGUAUUGGAAAACCUAAACAUGGGUUCAAAUAUCAAGACUAAUAUUUUCACAUUCUUAACAACCUUCCUGAUUUCACUAAUAUUUUAA